AUGUACGAGAAUUGCAACUUUCAAAAAGAUUAUAAAAUAGUUUUUGGAACAACAUCAGAGAGCAGGAAAAUGGUUUUCUCAAAGGCGAAUAUAAAGUUGUCAGAGUUUGUAUCAGCAGAUAUUGAUGAAAGAAGAAUUAUAGAUAAUGACCCUAAUAAGUUGGUCAUGAAGUUAUCUGAGGCCAAAAUGGAUGCGGUUCUUGAGAAACUGCCUUACAAAAACGGUGUGGACAAAGUUAUAGUUAUUUGUGCUGACUCAAUUGCGUUAAAGGAUGGUGAGGUGAGAAACAAGCCAAGAAAUGACGAGGAGAGACUUAGAUAUCUAAGAUCAUACAGUGGAAGCUAUGUAGAUUGUAUAACCGGAGUAACUGUAUAUAAUUAUUACACAGGAAGGAAGCUAACUAACGUAACAACUUCAAGAGUACACUACAAGAAAAUGCCCGAAGAGGCGGUCCAGAAGAUUUUUGAAAAGUCUGAGAUAAUUAGAUACUCAUGUGGUGGGUUUGCAAUCGAUUGCCCAUUCAUGGGAAAGUUUGUUGACGAGAUACAGGGAGAUGUUGAUAAUAUAAUGGGAAUAUCGGUUUGCAAUACCGUUGAGCUGAUGGAAAAGUCUAUUGCUUUAGGUACAGUACAUUGA